AUGCGCUCCCCUAUCUUCGAUGAGAUCCGUGAUCAAUUGAUCAGCGAUCACAAUCCUGCCCGUGAUGGACGCGAAAUGGAUUACGAGCGAUGCGCUGCCCUGCACAAUGCGAUCGUGAAAUACGGCUGGACCGCAAGCGGACGAUUGCUAGAAGACUUGCCGACAACCACUUGCUGGCAAGCAGCAGAAGAAGGAUGGGAGCAGAACGCUGACCGAAUUCACCCAUCAAUGAUCGAGUUUCUCAAACGAGCAUACGACACUCAACUUCCUGAGACAGAACCACUCUACAACUUUUGCUCAAGAGAAUACAAGUUCUUCUACUUCUUGGAUGGCUUGAUCGGACCCCGUGGUUACAAAGCUUACAAUUUCGAGCACAUCGAGGGAUUUUCUGGUCAAUACAUGACACUCUACACACCAAAUGAUCGUCUGGGCUCUCAUGCGUCCGGUUUGAUUUACAACCAAGAAACGCAUGAGUGCAUCAUCAAUUUCACGAACACUCGCUUUGAUCCGAUCAACAGAGUCCUCCCAUGGCAAAGGCUUGAGACGGUUCUGAGUGUAUACAUUGACAUGAUCGAGUGUGAGAAAGUCGUCUGCAUACACAAUGAUGUCGAGAAUCCUGGCGAUUCAAGAAUUGUCCAUGGUCCGGGUGAUGAUGAAGUGCAGUGGCUGUCAACCGAUGUUCGACCAGACGCGAUGUUUGCAGAUCCUGCGACUGGAGUCAAGAGGGACGAUGGUGCUAUGUUCGGGCCUUGGAUUGUGCAGCCUUUCACUAAGGACAUGCUGGACAAAUGUCUACAGACCUGGGAGGCUUUGGUUGAUGCCAUUGAGAAGAAAAUGCCAGAAACUCUGCGGUGCGACAAAGAAUUCGAGUAUGGUCUGGUAGACGAAGAUAUGCUCAGGACAGCUGGGAUCACUGAGGAGUUCUUUCGACAACUUCUGCUUCGAGCACGAAAACCAAAAUUUGCAUUCAUUGCGCCAGGACUGCGGAUGCCGAAUUCGGAGGAAUUCAUGGCGCAGCCGUUCAGAGAUGCAAGCGCAGCACAAUCAGAUCCAGAGGUUCAGAGAGUGUACCUGGAAGGCUGGACGCGGGAUGACUUGGUGCCAUUCACUGAUGCUACGCGCCUAUUGCUGCCAUUCACGAUCGGUGGCAACGAUACGUGGGCGCAGACAAGCAGUGGCAUCGCGAUUGAAGAUGGGCAUGAUGAACUCUUCCAAAUUGGCCACAAUCCAUUCGUCCCAGAUCACGGGGUGUCGCUGCUUGCGAUACUGCAGAACUUUUGCGCUCAUGUUGAGACCGGAGAUUGGACAAUCGAUGAGGAAGGCGUCAGCGAUCCGAUUGAGAAGUUCCGUGAGGCAGAAAUAGAGGAGCAUUUCGAGAAGUACAUUGUGCCCAUAGGACCUGGCGAGUUCUGGUGAUGCG